UGUGCCUCAGCUGCCUGCCGGAUGCAGACUUGCGCCUAAGGGACGCCUGCAGCAACUUCGAGAUGCGGAUCGCAGUCACCUUCCUGUGUCUGCUAGCGCUCCCGCUGGUGGCAGCUAUCGGCGGCCUGAAGUUGAGGGUGCCAGAGGACGAGAAGUGCCCGUGUAAGCUGGAGGGGUCCACGGCCGACUGCUCCAACAAGUCCCUGGUGGCUGUUCCUCCAUGCCUGCUGCCUCACACACCGACCCUGAGGAGCAAGAUGGCGUCACCACAGGCAGUCGUCACUGACCUCAACCUGUCAGCCAACCAGCUGCGACUGCUGCUGGGGCCGUGGCUCACUGGACUGCCCCAGCUGAUCCACCUGGACGUUUCCCACAACCGGCUCGUCGCACUGCCAUACGAUGCAUUCCGCGGCACACCCCAGUUGAGAUCCUUGGAUCUCAGCCACAACAACCUCACCACACUUGGACCCUUCCAGUUUGCACUCGUCCCGACGCUCUCAAUGCUGCGAGUGCGCUCCAACCAACUGGCCGAGAUCAGUGUCGACUGCUUGAGAUACAACAGUGCGCUUACGUCGCUGGACCUGGGAGACAACCAGCUGACACAUCUUCCAGAGGAGCUGUUCCAGAUGACCAAGUCCCUGAGGGAGGUGCGGCUGGACAGCAACAGGCUGCGCUCUCUCUGGCAGCGGGCUUUCCAGCACACUCCAGACCUGGAGACGGUGGAUCUCAGUGGGAACCGCAUAGGAGAGGUGGCAGCUGCUACCUUCUCCAGCACACCUCUGCUCAAGGACCUCAGCUUGGCUCACAACAGGCUAGGCUUCCUGUACAAUGACACCUUCAGGAGGUGCCCAGAGCUGCAGCGCCUCAACCUGGAGGGCAACCUGCUGCGCCAGGUGGGGUCCCCACUGGUGGCAGCCAAUCCUAACCUUGAGGUGCUCGCCUUCGCCAACAACGAGCUCUCCAGGGUGGAAGAUGGCGCCUUCGUCACCAACUCCAGGCUUAGGGUCCUCACCCUAGGGCACAACAAGCUGGAGUCACUCAACCCGUCCAUGUUUGGCAAAGACGCAGCACUGGAGGAGUUCCACGUGGAGGCCAAUCUGCUGCCCUCAUUGCCAGGGCAGCUGAUGGGAAACCUCACAAACCUCACCAUCCUAAACGUCAGCAAAAACAGGAUGGUGACGCUACCUGCAGGACUGCUUUCGAAGCUGUCGCGGCUGGAGACCUUGGUUGUGACUGGAAACCAGAUCUCGUCCCUGGAGUCCGGUUCAUUCCAGGGUCUCUCCAGGCUGCGCACCCUCAUGCUGGGCAGCAACGCGCUGAGCUUCCUACCUUACGAUAUCUUCAGCAGCUGCCAGAAGCUCGAGACGCUGCUACUGGAGGGAAACCGGCUGAAUAACUUGGAUCCUGCUAUUUUCGAACGCACCAGCCAACUUCGGUACUUGGACCUGUCGCACAACCGCUUCUCCCGUCUGGACCCUCGCGUGUUGGAGAAGCUGUCGAGCCUGAGGACGGUGGAGCUGGACGGAAACCCGUGGCAGUGCGACUGCCUCUUCGCCGACGUGCUGGGAAGGAUCCGCGACCGCCAGACCACGGUCGGUCAGCGACCCCUGCUGUGCCAGGGUCCAGGAGACUGGCGAGACAAGGCGGCGCAGGACGUCAUCAGCAGGCUCUCCUGCGGGACAGCCAGGUCCAGCUGACGGACGUCUCACGCGUCCAGUUGCCCUUCCCACACACCUCGCUACAACCCUCAGCACGAGACUGUCUUGCAUCUCAAUAACCCUAGGAACUCAUUCUUCCAUCUAUAGCGUAGGUGUCGAAGUCUGCUGCCGGAUAUCCCAACAACUUCUGGUAUCGAUAGCAACGAUGCCGCGGCUUAGGUGCAAGUUAUUAAGUUGGCACUAGCACAGACACCGACGACAGCGCCCUCUUGCCGGUGCUGUCGAGAGCUAAGAGCUUCGCUACAGAUUCAGCCCAUUUGAUCAAGAGCAGACUGCCGGGACGCCUCGCUUCAGCUUUGCUCUACAUACGACGGGUCUCAGCGUCGCACCUCAUUGCAAGUUAUCUAACCAUGUAUUGACUUGUCUUUUGCACCAGUAAACCACUUUUACUUACGUCCAGUA